UUUUGGGUAAUUAUUUUUAGACAUAGCCAUACUGACCGUUGGAUGAAUGUCCCCCCAGAAGAAGUUCUCAUCAUCAUCUUCUUCAUCUUCGACUGUAAAAAUCACAAUCUUCAGAAAACCCUAGCUCCACCAUCCUACUCCAUUUCCGGCAGCCACGCGACUCCUCUCCCAAAUUCAUCUUCUUACCGUGUUUCUCAUCAUCUCCAUUUCAAAAAAAAAUUAAUUUUCACUUCAAGUAACUUACCUCGUUCACACCGUCACAAUUUCAUCGAUUACAGAUAUAGAUACUGUAAAUAUAUCUAUGAAAUCAAACUAAAUUUCAAUAAAAAACGGAACUAGUGAAGAAAAUGGUGGAGAGAAGAAAGCCUCUGGUUCUGUGUUCCACCAAAAAUGUCAUCAAUUCCUUAUUGAACUCUUCAACUUCUUCAAUCAAUGAAUUCCCCAAUUUGCAUUUACCGGUUGGAAUUCUCCGAUUAUCCAACAAAUUGCCUUCUCUUGAUCACUCUGCACUCAUUGCUCUAUCCACUUCUCUUCUCAAAAGACUUUCCAUCACUUCUGGUUCACCGGUUUUGAUAAAAAAUGCUGAAAUGAACACGCAGAGGAUUGCAGUGGCUAUUGCUCUUGACCCUCCUAGCAAUGACAUUGACACCCUUGAUAUUGAUCACUCAUUAUCCGUUUCUUCUAGAAUAAUGCUUGUUUUUCCUUCUUGUGAUUUUCCUCUCAAUGCCCCUUUGUUAAAUGGCGAAGUUGCUUAUUUGUCUCCUCUUUUGGCCUUUAAUCUUAACUUGCACAUUUCAUGUUUGAAAUCGGUUAUUCACCAUGGCCAAGAUGCUUUAUCGUCUUAUUUCAAAUCUCAAUGUCAAGUGGGUGAUGAGGAUGCCGAUAAAAGCAUUGAGGAUUCGGUCAUUAAUAUAGAGUUGGUGCCACUCGCUCAACCUCCGAGAUUUGCCUCCCUUUUGAGGGUUGCUUUUGUGAAGAUACCAGAAUGUGGUAUCCUUGAUUCCAUUAAACCAACUUCAGAGGUUGAAGCCAAAGAACGUCAAGACCUGAUUGACUUGGCAUUGCAGAAGUACUUUGAAGUCGAUAGAUAUUUGUCAAGCGGAGAUGUUUUCGGAAUUAGCAUUAGUUGGAACUGUAAUUCCACUAUUUGCAUUCCUUGUAACCAAAACACACAAAAGCAAAAUGACAACCGUAUCUGUUUUAAGGUCAUUGCUAUGGAACCAUCAGAUGAACCAGUUCUCCGUGUCAAUAAAACCUUAACUGCGUUGGUGUUAGGAGGGAAUUCCCCAUCUGCCCUUCCUCCAGAUUUGUUAAUUGCUGGACCAGAAGGGCCCGUGCCCUUGCAAAGAGACACAGUGAAGAUCUUGGCUUCAAUACUCGCACCAACUUUAUGUCCAUCAGCACUCUCUUCCAAGUUUAGAGUUUCAGUGUUAUUAUAUGGCUUGGCAGGUUGUGGGAAAAGGACCGUUGUUAGAUAUGUUGCUCGUCGACUGGGCCUGCAUGUGGUCGAAUAUAACUGUCACGAUCUAAUGGGUUCCGAUAGAGCAUCUGUUGCUCUAGCUCAAGCUUUCAAGACUGCUCAAAGAUACUCGCCAACAAUACUUCUUCUUCGUCAUUUUGAGGUAUUUCGAGAUUCACAUUCACCUGAGAUUUCACCAAAUGAUCAAAGAGGCAAUGCAUCUGAAGUUGCAUCAGUUAUUAGGAAAUUCACUGAGCCAGUUGGUGAACAUGAUGAUAGUAAUUCUCUGAUGAAAUCAAAUGGCGAAUUUGUGGACAAGAAUUCUGAAAAGACAAGCGGGCAUCAGGUCCUGUUGAUUGCUGCAGCUGACAGUUCAGAGGGUCUACCUUCAACCAUCAGACGCUGCUUUAGCCAUGAAACAAACAUGGGGACUUUGACAGAAGAGCAAAGGGCAGAAAUGCUAUUGCAUUCACUGCAAAAUAUUUAUGGACUCCACUCUAAUACUGAUUUAGAGGGUUUUGUAAAAGAAUUAGUUGGACAGACAUCUGGUUUCAUGCCCAGAGAUAUGUGUGCUUUAAUUGCAGAUGCUGGUGCCAACUUAUUUCCCAGCAGCGAUGCUGAAGCAGACAAAGUUGAACCUGAAGGUGCAGAUAGUUCUCUUAGUUCAAAGGUAACAGAGGACAACAACGAGUCUGAAGUUUCAGCUCGAAAACCUGGGAAAGAAGACUUGGUGAAUGCUUUGGAACGAUCAAAGAAAAGAAAUGCGUCAGCAUUGGGUACUCCAAAGGUUCCAAAUGUAAAAUGGGACGAUGUUGGUGGGCUUGAAGAUGUCAAAAAAUCAAUCCUGGAUACUGUUCAGUUGCCUCUCUUGCAUAAAGAUCUUUUUGCAUCUGGGUUACGCAAACGGUCUGGUGUUCUUUUGUAUGGUCCUCCUGGAACUGGAAAAACAUUAUUAGCAAAAGCAGUUGCUACAGAGUGUUCCUUAAAUUUUCUUAGUGUGAAGGGUCCUGAACUGAUCAACAUGUACAUAGGCGAGUCUGAGAAAAAUGUUCGAGACAUUUUUCAGAAGGCCAGAUCAGCCCGACCGUGUGUCAUCUUCUUUGAUGAGCUUGACUCUCUUGCACCAGCUCGGGGAGCUUCUGGAGAUUCUGGGGGUGUUAUGGAUAGAGUGGUUUCGCAGAUGCUUGCAGAAAUUGACGGCUUAAGUGAUUCAACACAGGAUCUAUUUAUUAUAGGUGCAAGUAAUAGACCAGAUUUGAUAGACCCAGCACUUCUUCGCCCUGGUCGUUUUGAUAAAUUGCUAUAUGUUGGCGUUAACUCUGAUGCAUCUUACAGAGAGCGGGUACUAAAAGCUCUUACGAGAAAGUUUAAAUUGCAUGAAGAUGUUUCACUUUACUCCAUUGCAAAAAAAUGUCCACCAAACUUCACCGGCGCAGACAUGUAUGCCUUGUGUGCAGAUGCUUGGUUCCGCGCUGCAAAACGCAAAGUUUUGAAUGCAGAUCCAGACUCCUCAACCCCAGAUAAUGAAGCAAAUUCUAUUGUUGUUGAAUAUGAUGAUUUUGUCCAGGUCUUAGAAGAGCUUCAGCCUUCCCUCUCAACGGCCGAGCUUAAGAAGUACGAGCUUCUUAGAGAUCAAUUUGAAGGCACCUCUAAAUGAGCUUUGGACGGAUAAACAAUCAAUCAUCAACCAUUAAUUUUGCCAGUAUACUAGGGGGCUGAAAUUCUUACAGUCACAGUAGCACGCAGUCAAACAAUUUUGGUCAAAAGAUUAAGAUUGGACGACUUACAUUUCAGCUUCUCCAAAUCUGAAUAUAACUUGUGUAAUCUACCAGAUCGGACAAUUGAUCAAGAUCUUUAAAUGAGGGACUACAUGAAAUGUGUUUCAGAUUUUCUGUAUAUAGUAGGCUUCCAACCAUGUAAUAGGCACAGCCAAAAUAGAUGUAUGAACAGCUUCCCAUAACUAAUUAUCAUCUCUAUUUUUUGGAAAAUAAAUUAUGAUACAUCAUAUUUAUUUCAAUUGCACAAUAUGAAUGUAAAGGUGGGAAUUUUGUAUAGAAAAGUAUACAAAAUGUUUGUCUUGGAUAAUUUUUAUUCAGUAUUAUAAAAGAUAAAAAGAUAGAAUUGGUGUUAGCAUAUCAAUUUUUUAAGGUUUCAGUUGUUAAAUAGCGGAUAAUAUAGCCCUAUUGGAAAGUGAAAUUUGAAUAAACUGUUGUUCAAGCCGAUAUAUUCUGAGAUCUGUAAUGGAUAACAAUAGCUGAUACUGUUGUUCAAGCUGAUAUAUUCUGAGAUCUGUAAUGGAUAACAAUAGCUGAUACAGUCGCAUGAAGUUCAGGGUGAAAACUGAAAACAUCUUGUGCGUAUUUUACAGUGGGAAAAAAUGUUGUACUUGAGGUGACUCAGUUUGUGCAGUACCAGUUGGACUUGGAUCCACACAAUCACAAAGCAUAUGCAAUAUAGCUGACACGAAAGCAAGCCACUAAUGGCACAAAGUGUUAUACUUGAGGUGACUCCAAGAGUUUGUAAAACUUCAGUGGCAUCAAAUCCUGCUUUUGUUCAAACACCUUCCAAUCAAUUUCAACAGCAGGUGGAUUUGCCUCAAAAUCUAAAUAUUCACCAGUUUGUUAUGGUUCUGAAUAUGGUGGAGCAGCUAUGCAAUUAUACUGCACACCACAACAUCCUGCAAAUGUAAAUGCACCAUUUUAGCACACAAAAUCCAUGACCUCAGCACAGUCAGCAGCUGCUGCUGCUUCAGCACUAUCAGAUCUUCCAAAACAGUUUCCUAUACACAAUAAUCGGCAACCAAAUUGAACUUCACAACAAGUAGAAUUCCAUUGGUGUAAAGUAUGCUCGGCAUCAUAGUAUUAAUUUAUUAUAUAUUCGAAGCUAGUUUUACGUAGUUUUUAUUAUUUUGCUAUGAUAUCAAGUACUGCAAUUUGGACUGCUAUUUAACAAGUUGUUGAAUACAUUGUUUCUCUGCCUAUAAAACGAUCGAGUUAACUUGAGAGUAAUGUUGGUUAGCUUAAUAAGCCGCAUUUGUAAAAUAGGCCCAAAGAUAAAUGUCAGUGUGUUGCAUUUGUAGUAACGAAUAAGAUGUUGAAGCAUUAGCAGCAAGUAAACCAACUAAAGAUGGUGAUCCGAUUAGUGAGACGACGGAAUGUUGAUCUCCAUCGACUGCAUAGCGAGAAAUAAGUUUGCUUGUUUCAAACAUGCCAUGUGAUGCCUUUAUAAACCAUGGUAACUAACUAAAUAGUUAAGAGUGGAUAUGCAGACCGAACCUCAUGUUUCAAUUCCACCCCUAGAGGCAGGCAGGUAGUAGAAUAUACUAUUAUUAUAUUAGGCGUUUGUGUAAACACCAAAAGAGUCCCACAUCGUUUGUUUUGGAGUUUAACAAAACGUUUAUAUAAAUCUGAGGAGACACAUAUUGGCACGACCUUACUUGAACAGGAUCUGUUCUAAAGGCUCGUACUACUGUAUCCUUGAUUUCAAAGGAGACAGGAACUCAAGUCUGGAUGAAGAAAUGAGACCGCACGAUCAGAGCGUGACUAACGGCUGAGAUGCUUAUCAAGCUGAUGCUUAUCAAGCUGAUACUUCAUCUUGUGCUGUAGAUGAUCGUUCUCGGACAGUGCAAGCUGUGCGGGGUGGUCGUGCGGUGAUAUGACAGACUCAAA